GGAGACGGUCAAUGGGGAGGAGGAACCAUCGCCCGGCCGAAAUGUAUAUAAGGAGCAAGAGGGGAAGCCGUUGUGAAUUCACAGCAACAGAUAGCAAAAGGAGCACUGGACAUCUGCGCCACACUCAGAAGAGAAGGGAUUCCCGAUUUAUUUACAUUUUAUUAAAGCAUUUGGACUGGCUUUCGGACAAACUGACAAUUAUCAUCUUGAAGAAAAAGAUCAUUGUGAGACAUAUCAUCCGUAGUGCGCAAAUAGUCUGCCAUUUGGACUUCACUCUUGGAAACAUGCUUAACAAAAUGGAUUUGAACUCCCAAGAUUCAUUCUACCACCAGUUCGAAAAUUCUUCUCUUGGAAGGGAAGCCAGUGGGGAGAAAGAAAAUAUGUUUGUGGAUGCUGACAGCGCAGCACCUGCUCCUUUCGCAACCGGGGCAGCACCUAUUAUCCCAAAAACGGAACCUGCAAAUUCAGAUUUUCUUUACAGCGCCUGUGACGGCGCCAAAAGUGGCUUAGGCUCUACCGUUUCAUACUCUGGCAGCUUCUAUGUUGAGACAUCUCAUGGUGCAUCGUGCAGCACGGAGACUCUUCUUAACAUGAUCACCGAGAUUGUGGGUAUCUCAACUGCUCCUAUAACGGAGGUGCACCCCCAAAGUGGUACUGGGACGCCAUACGCCUCCAGCAGCUCGCCCUCAAUGGAAAAUCCAAGUGGGAGUUUUAACGACGCAGGAGUUCAGAGGCAAAUACCAGUUUGCAGCACCACCCCACCACUUUUCUCCCAGGGGAAUGUCUGUCAACCGUUCUCCGACUCCCAGACCAGCACACAUGCUCCCAAGGCAGCCCCUACUCAGCUAAACUUCCUCCUCCCCACACCCGUCGUGUGUCAAAAGUCAGAACCUCAAUCUGAAACAGCUACAUUCCCAGUAGUUGUAAAGAGCGAAUUUGAGAGCAGCUGCUACGAAUGGGGUGCCUUCAAUAAAACCGACACCUACUUGGAUGCCGGGUUUCAACCAGAGGCAUUUCCCAUGUCGAACGAUUUCCCUCCUGAUCAAGUCGAUGUGAAGGAACUUCUGGACACCUUUUCUCCCAUGUGUCCAAAUGCAGACAUGGAGUUCAAAGUGGAGAGUGUAAUUAAGCAGGAACAAUGUUUCACUGACACAUGCACACAAAGUUAUGGCACUCCACUUUUUAGUUACUCCUCCCCUGCUAUUGAUCUGUCAACCAAUAAUCUUCUGAAACCGACUAUAUUUCCAAAUGUUGAGCUCCAGUCCCUGUCCAGUCAGUGCGACACAUACACAUCUUCCACUAUUGACUCUAUUUUGUACUCAUCAUUGCUGCCAGAGUCUUUUAAUCAGACCUACACUCGUCCACCAAAGGCACCCCGCACGAAGAAAAGCUCUGGAUCCUCCAGUGGCCCAGCCAAAGAAAAGCCUUUCACUUGCCCCAUGGAAAACUGUGAUCGACGCUUCUCCAGGUCUGAUGAGCUCAACAGGCACAUUCGCAUCCACACCGGACAUAAACCCUUUCAAUGCCGCAUCUGUUUACGUAGCUUUAGUCGAAGCGACCACCUGACAACACACACCCGGACUCACACCGGAGAGAAGCCAUUCUCCUGCGACGUGUGCGGCAAGCGAUUUGCCAGGAGUGACGAGAGGAAGCGCCAUGGUCGUGUUCAUCUCAAACAGAAAGAGAAGAUGGAAAUGAAACCUCAAGUGAUUUCUGCCUGGCCAUUUCCUCUACCAGAAGGCAUUUGAGGCGCUCAUUAAGAUGCGCUUUAAAUUGGCGUUGUAUCAAAUCUUUCCGUCUUGGAAGAUAACAACAGCUGGGUACAGAUCGAUGUCUGUGCUGUGUGGCAUGGUUCCAAGAGACCCAGAGUGUCUUAAGGCCUGAGAGAAGUCAGAGAGUUUCACGAAUGAAACAUAGGUCGCUUUAAGCGACGAUUAACUUCAGGGGGUCCUGUUUGAUCACAAUACACGUGGAGUUGACUCCCUAUGCAACUCGUGCAUGAAAGGAUUGUGAAAGACUUCCAAGUAGCCUAUUUGGGCUGACAAACCGAUAUUUAAUACAAUUUCUGGUUGGCAAGGGUGCGCAGCUGCAGAACGUCAAGUGAUCCAGUAGGCCUACUGUUACUGCUGGACAGCUCCAAGCACUAAACGAAAGCCUAGUGGUUCUUCACCGAAGAGCUAGAAUGUAUUGCACUUAACUACUUUGAGAUGUCUACUUUUAAAUGGAAUAUUUUCUGCUUCUGAGGCUUUUGUCAUAACUGCCAGCAAUUAUGCUUCUUUGAAAUGCAUGUUUAUGUUUGACUGUAUUGAUUAAGAAACAGUCCCAAAGUGCUCUCUUGGAAAAUGAGGACAGAAAUCACUUCCUUUUACUGGCCUAAUAUGAAUGUAAGAUAUGUUGGCCUGACUAUGGGGAGAUUCAUUUGUGCCAAGCUUUACAGGCUCAUUUUCCGUUCUGUUACAAUGCUUUUUGAUGGUUGUUUUAAGUGUUGUUCUUAAUAAUAGAAAAUAAUGAAUUAUGUAGGACGUGCAUUGAUAUGUGGAUCAAAUAAAUAUAUUUGUAUGACUAUAUUUAAUUUGUAUUUUUAUAACUGUGUAUCUAUAUUUCCACUACUGUUGUUUUUUAAGCAUACUGAAUUUCUAAACUUACUCAAAAUGUUUAUGUGAAAUGUCUUCAGUAGGCCUCAGGAAAGGUCUUGUUAAAAUGCAGUUCCACUAAAGAAACCAUUGGUCUGUGAGGAGAUUUUCAAGUUGAGAAAACAUUUCUGGUAAAGGUAAAGGUAUCUGUACAAUAUCUACUGUAACAUAUGGCAUUAUUUAAGAACAACAUGUGAAAUCACAAAUGUAUAUAAUUUUGAAUUACAAUGACUGGUAGUUUGUGAUGACUGGCGGUCGAGGCCAGGACAUUUUGCAGUUGAGUAACCAGGUAGCACACAUUGCUGCGAUUUCCAGUACCUCUUUUCAGAUGAAACAUGAGCGAUUUACAAAUGUAUCAGUAAACUGAAAUGUGUUUCAACAUUAUGGAGUGUCUUGGAUCAGAUUGUGAAAAACAAUCAGGGUAAAAUGAGGAAAAUGUGAACAUGCCUUAAGUUAUAUUAACUGCUUGGAAAUGUUGUAUAUAGCCUA